GGCAUCCACCCAAUCGAUCAUCCUUUCUGGGAAUCCCUGCCUUAUACUGACACAUAUGCCUGCAACACACCCAAUCCUCUGCAUGAACUCCAUAAAGGGGUGUUCAAAGACCAUUUAUUUGCUUGGUGUCUCGAUCUCGCAGGGGCAGAGGAAGUGGAUGCCCAUUUCAAGUGGGUCCCCCCUCAUCAUGGGUUGAAGAAUUUUGAAAGAGGGGUUUCAGGCUUAUCACAGAUGAUUGGUACAGAACAUCAUCAUAUGCAGAAAACCAUGGCUGCACUGUUGGUAGGACUGCCUGGAAACAUCACCAGCCAGACCCUGCAUGCCACCCAUGCUAUAUUGGACUUCAUCUACCUAUCUCACCUCCCAAUGCUGACUGAAGCCAAUCUGCAAAGGAUGGAAUGCAGUCUGGCCAAGUUUCAUGUGUAUAAAGAAGCAUUCUGGGCUGCAUCUUCCUGCAAAGAUUUCCACUGCAUCCUGAAACUACACAAACUCCAGCAUUACAUAGCUUCCAUACAAAGCCACAGCCCUUGCAAUAACUUCAACACUGAGCUCCCUGAAUGCCUUCACAUUGAUAUGGUCAAGUUGGGCUAUCAUGUGGGAAACAAACAUGAUUAUAUUGCUCACAUGAUGACUUGGUUGGAGAGGCGAGAACACAUGCACAAGUAUACCCAGUUCCUCAAAUGGGCCGAAAGAAAACAUCCUGAUUAUUUUGGUGACUUGGGAGAGGGGGUAGCCCAGACUCCAUGA